AAACAAUUAACUAUUUAUGUUGAUUGUUUAUACUUUUUAUUUUAAUUUUUGCUCUAAUUUCAAUUUUUAACUAAUUUUUUUUGGUUCUUUUCUUUUCUUUCAACAAUUAGAUGAUUUAUCAUUUAUUCUGUUCCAGAAUCGUAGUCAUGCUCAGCUGCUUGGUCAUCAAAGUAUCGGCUUGACAUUAAUUUGAUUUUUAUUCUUGUGACUUUUUUGUUUAUUUACCAGGGAUUUAUAAUUUCGAGUUGAUUGUUUGUCGAUCUAUUUGAUUGUUGGAUUUUUUUCUCUAUGAUUAAGAGAAUUUGCUGAUUGAAGGAAAUCAAUUGUCAUCGAGUUUUUCAUCAUCUUCUUUAUCUUCGCAUCUCUAGGGUUUUGUCAUGUCUUCUGGAGGUAAUCAGAUCUCUUCGGACGAUGAAAUCGCCAUCAACAAGUUAGAAUAUCUUAAAGAGCUUCGAGACUUAACAUUGGAUUUAAAUAACAUAAAAACUCGUCUUAAACAAGAAUUGGAUGCAGUUGAAUCGGAGAAAAAAUGUCUUGUUGCUUAUCGAAAAGAGAAAGAGUUUCUUGAACAAGAAAAAUUGGCUCAUGUUGAAGAAUUACGAUUAAUUCAUUCUGAUCUAAAUCAAAUGGAAACAGUAAUAAAGGAAAGUGAUGAAGAACAUAGUCAACAUUUGUCAACAGCAAAAAGUUUACUAAUUGAAUGUCAACAAUUAAAAGAUCAUGCAAACAAGAUGAGAUCUGGUUUAGGUUUAGAUUUGAUUAAUGAUCUACACGAAGAGGAGGAGAAAAUUCGUUCAGAAUUAUUUAAGAAACAUCAUCUUUCUGAGCCAACUAAUCGUGAUUAUGAAUCAAAUGGACGCUCAAUGAACAAAACAUUGUUAACAAUUUCAACAGCAAAUUCUCAGCCACCCUCAAUGAUUCACGGUGUUUUCAAGCCAAAUUUACCCUCUUCGGUUCAUCAACCUCGAUUAGGAUUCUCUGGGCAAGGUGGAUCUUCAGUCCACCCUGGACCAUCUUCGGGUGUUCCAAGUUUAUCUAUGACUGACAGACAACCUCCACCAGCAGCAUUCCGUCAACAGCCACCUCCAAUGAAAUCAUGUCUAUCCUGUCACCAACAAAUCCACCGAAAUGCACCAAUAUGUCCACUAUGUAAGGCUAAAAGCCGUUCCCGUAAUCCAAAAAAGCCAAAACGGAAAACCGAAGACUGAAAAGUUGCAAGAAAAACAAAUGGAAACGAAAAAAAAACCAACACCAGUAUUACAAUCAAAUACUUAAAAAGAAAAACAUCAAUUUUUCCUCUCUCUUUCUACCACAACCCCAAACAACUACAACAAUUAACAAUUUUACCAAUGGUAAAAAUCAAUUGUUUUUAAUUUAAAUUAACUCUUCAAUCUCAAUUCUUAGAUCAGAUCAUACAAAAAAAGCUAAACCAUUUUUUUUACUCUCCAUUGUACUUAUUCAUUCAAUGUAAUUAUUUUCCUUUCAUUUCUUACUUUACAGUAUGUGUGUAUGUGUGUCUCCAAGCAAUACCCUUAAUAGAAUUAAACAAAAAAAAUUCAAAGAAAAUUAAUUGCAAUUACAAUUAAUUCCAUCAAUCAAAAGUUAA